AGUCAUUAGUCGAGCCCAAGGACUGAAGCUGGUGGUGGAGACUCUCAUGUCAUCUCUGAAGCCCAUUGGGAACAUCGUGGUCAUCUGCUGUGCCUUUUUCAUAAUCUUUGGGAUCCUGGGAGUUCAGCUUUUCAAAGGCAAGUUUUUUGUCUGCCAGGGGGAGGACACCAGAAACAUCACAAAUAAAUCGGAUUGUACAGAAGCAAGCUACAAAUGGGUCCGGCACAAGUAUAAUUUUGAUAAUCUCGGCCAGGCCCUGAUGUCUCUCUUUGUUCUGGCCUCCAAGGACGGGUGGGUGGAUAUCAUGUACGAUGGCUUAGAUGCUGUGGGAGUUGACCAGCAGCCAGUCAUGAACUACAACCCAUGGAUGCUCCUCUACUUCAUCUCAAUGAUCGUGGCCUUCUUCGUCCUCAACAUGUUUGUGGGGGUGGUGGUGGAGAAUUUCCACAAGUGUCGGCAGCACCAGGAGGAGGAAGAAGCCAAGAGGCGGGAGGAGAAGAGGCUUCGCCGGCUGGAGAAAAAGAGAAGGAGUAAGGAGAAACAGAUGGCUGAUCUAAUUCUGGAUGAUGUAUUAAUGGAGAGCUCAGCCAGUGCAGUGCAAGAAGCACAGUGUAAGCCCUACUAUUCGGAUUACUCCCGCUUCCGCCUCCUGAUCCACCAGAUGUGCACCAGCCACUACCUGGAUUUGUUCAUCACCGGAGUGAUUGGCCUCAACGUGAUCACCAUGGCCAUGGAGCACUACCAGCAGCCAAAGGUUCUCGACGAAGCCCUGAAGAUUUGCAAUUACAUCUUCACUGUUAUCUUUGUCCUGGAGUCUGUUUUCAAGCUGAUCGCCUUCGGGUUUCGUCGCUUCUUCCAAGACAGAUGGAACCAAUUAGAUCUGGCAAUCGUGCUGCUGUCUAUCAUGGGCAUCACUUUGGAAGAGAUCGAGGUGAACGCUUCGCUCCCAAUUAACCCCACUAUUAUCCGAAUCAUGAGGGUUCUCAGGAUUGCUCGAGUGUUGAAGUUGCUGAAGAUGGCUGUAGGGAUGAGAGCUCUCUUGGACACCGUGAUGCAAGCGCUGCCGCAGGUGGGAAAUCUGGGUCUUCUCUUCAUGUUGUUGUUUUUCAUAUUUGCAGCUCUUGGAGUGGAGCUGUUUGGAGACCUCGAGUGUGACGACACGCACCCUUGCGAGGGGCUGGGGCGGCACGCCACCUUCAGAAACUUUGGGAUGGCCUUUCUGACUCUCUUCCGAGUAUCCACGGGAGACAACUGGAAUGGGAUAAUGAAGGACACGCUGAGAGACUGUGACCAGGAGUCCACCUGUUACAACACCGUCAUUUCACCCAUCUACUUCGUCUCCUUUGUGCUGACGGCCCAGUUUGUCCUGGUGAACGUGGUGAUCGCCGUGCUUAUGAAGCACUUGGAGGAGAGCAACAAGGAAGCUAAGGAGGAGGCGGAGCUGGAAGCAGAACUGGAGAUGGAAAUGAAGACAAUCACUCCCGGCCAACACAGCCCCUCGGACAUCUUUGCAUGGACAGGCAGUGCCGGUGGAGAGAGACCCGAGAGCCCCCGAGGAUGUACCAAUCCCGUGCACAUCAAGGUGGAUUCUCAGCUCUCAUUAGUUUACCCUAUGGAAAGGCACUUGUUUGAUACCAUAUCACUGCUGAUCCAGGAAUCUCUGGAAGGAGAGCUGAAGCUGAUGGACAACCUGUCAGGCUCUGUGUGCCAUCAUUAUGCCCUCCCAGCUCCCGAAUAUUACAACUCUGAAAACCAGGCUGAUCUCCGCUCCAAAGAAGACACACUGACCCUGUCUCCCAGCAAGGACCUGCUGAGCGUGAGAAAGCCUUCGGUGGGGCGCACCCACUCUUUGCCAAACGACAGCUACAUGUUCCAGCCACCGUACUCCAGCCCCUGCCCUGCCUCCCUGGGCGAAAGGAAUCCGGCACAUCACAAAUCCCAGUCAGGUUCAAAGGCAUCGGUGCAGUCGCAGCCAGCAGACACCAGCUCUCUCCUGCAAAUUCCUAAAGACCAUUUUCACCACGUAAGAGCUCACGACCAUUUGGUGAGGGAGAGCAAACCCCCGGGUUCCCAGCAGGUGCACUCUCCUUCUACUGAAAGGCUGCUCCGCAGGCAGAUGGCUAUAAGGAACGACUCUUUGGAUAGCAAGGAGAAUCUCCACACCGAGGUGAGUGGACUCUGUGACCCAAAUGUCCCCACGGUGUCCAAGGAGGAGUCAUCAAUGGCUCUGACGCCCUCAGAAGUGCAAGAGUUGGCUGCGUGGAGCCAGGCAAGUGUUCACACGCAGCAGCAUUCCCACAACCAGUAUAAUAUUUCAAAGCAGGCACCAGCAUCGUGUGCUUGUGCAGACUCAUAUCAGGAGACACCUGGAGGUUCAAUGGACCAAGAAGUAUCUGAAAUAAGCAGCUCCUCGGAGCCUUUCACUUCAGAAACUUGUACAGCCUCGAGUGCCUGUUCAGAGGUUCAGCCUCUCACUCCUAAGAGGAACAUAGGCAAUACUGGCAACGUGACAUUGAAGGACCUGAAGAAAUACCACAGUGUAGACACCCAGGGUCUUCUAAAAAAACCGCCCUCUUGGUUAGAUGAUCAAAGGAGACACUCAAUAGAAAUUUGUUCAAUGGAAAACAGCCCUCAGCACCAUUCCACAUCUAGCUCUUCUGGCUUCAUAAGUCAGGUGGUAAGUGAAAUGGAAGGCUUGCAAGGAACGCGGCAGAAGAAAAAACUGAGCCCUCCGUGUAUAUCUAUAGAUCCACCCGAUGGACAGAGUUUGCUACCUAGAGGACCUCACAGCAUCUCACCUGCCAGUGGAGACGUUUGCUUGAGACGGCGUGCUCCAUCUUGUGAGUCCAAGGAUUCGAUGGAUAUAGGGGAUUCGUUGCUUCCAGACAGUAUGUCAACAUCUCCUACCCCAAAGAAAGACUUGUUGACACUUCCUAGCUUUUCCUUUGAUCAAACGGAAAUGGACCCCUGA